CAGAGGUCGUGCGUGUUUCUCUCCUCCAGCGGCAGAAAGCAGGCUCUGACGCUCAGCAGCCUCCGGGUUUCCCCCCUUCUACCAGGGAUAUGGAGUCUAAAAGAGUCGCUGGGAUUAUUCCUCGGGUUGCCUGGCUUCUUCUCCUUCUUGGCUUGUUCGGGACAACCGCAGAAGAAGAGUGUGACAGCCCUUUGGUGUCCAACCUGCUGCCGUCAUCCUUCAGGAGCUCCUCCCAGCUGUCCAGCAGCCACGCGCCAGGAUUCGCUAAACUCAACCGGAGAGACGGCGCUGGAGGCUGGUCCCCCUUCACCUCAGACAGGUAUCAGUGGCUGGAGGUGAACCUGGGCGAGCGGACCAAGAUCACAGCUGUCGCCACACAGGGCCGCUACGGCAGCUCUGAUUGGCUGACGUCUUACCAGCUGAUGUUCAGCGACACGGGACACAACUGGAAGCAGUACAGACAGGAAGACAGCAUAGGGUAUUUUCCAGGUAACUCUAAUGCAGACAGUGUGGUUCAGUACAAACUGCAGCAGCCGGUCGUGGCCCGCUUCCUGCGCCUCAUUCCUCUGGACUGGAAUCCAAGCGGGCGGAUCGGACUGCGCCUGGAGACCUACGGAUGUCCAUACACCUCUGAUGUGGUGCGUUUGGACGGCAGCAGCAGUUUGGUGUACAGACUAAGUCCCGGGUCCAGGCGGCCUCAGACAGAUGCCAUCACAUUGAAGCUCAAAACCCUGAGAAACUCUGGGACGCUGCUGCAGACGGAGGGAAGAGAAGGACUCGGCCUCCGUCUGGAGUUAGACAGAGGAAAGCUGCUGCUGCUGCUGUUCAGACAAGGUAGGACUUUAUCUGCUGAACCUCAACGUCUUGCAGCUCUUGGAAGCCUUUUGGAUGAUCAGCAUUGGCACCAUGUGGCAGUGGAGCUACACGGCCUUCACCUCAACCUCACAGUGGAUAAACACACACUGAGGGUUAAAAUCCCGCCGCAGUUCCACCACCUCGACAUACAAGAGCUGAGAGUGGGGGCAGUUCAGGCUCUCGGGUCUCACAAGCCAUUUCAUUCCAAGAGGAACUUCCACGGCUGCCUGGAAAACUUGCUGUUCAACGGUCUCAACCUGAUCGAACUCGCUAAAGUCAAGGACCACAAAGUUUCUCUAGUGGGCAAUGUGACCUUUUCCUGUGCCGAUCCGGUUCCUGUUUCCGUGACGUUUCCCGGCCUCCAGAGCUUCCUCCAGUUGCCAUGGACAACGCCGUCGUCUUCUGGGAGCGUGUCGAUCGGGUUUCAGUUUCGGACCUGGAACAAGGCGGGGCUUUUGCUCACCUUUCAGCUCCCUCACCAAGGAGGCGUGGCCUGGUUGUUUCUGAGCGAGGCGAAACUCCGCCUCCAGAUCCAGAAAGGAGGACGGGUUCUGCUGGAGCUCAGUGCAGGUUCUGCACUCAGUGACGGCCAGUGGCAUUCAGUGGCACUGACCUCCAGGCGAAGUCAUCUGAGUGUCUGUGUGGAUAAAGAUGAAGGCGGCAGCGCUCAGGCCAGCCCGUCAUUUCCUGUCGCAGUAGAAAGUCACGUCUUCUUCGGUGGAUGUCCUGCUGGAGAUGCUCCAGGAUGUAGAAACCACUUCAGCUCCUUCCAGGGCUGCGUGCGUUUGCUCAGUCUGGACGGCAGGAUUAUGGACCUGAUCGCAGUGCAGCAGAAGCAGCUGGGAAAUUACAGCAAUCUGCAGAUUGACAUGUGUGGAAUAAUCGACAGGUGCUCUCCGAGUCGCUGUGAACAUGGCGGCCUCUGCAGUCAGACCUGGACCGUCUUCCACUGUAACUGCUCCGACAGCGGCUACAGAGGCGCCACCUGCCACAGCUCUGUGUAUGAGGAGUCCUGUGAAGUGUACAAACACAGCGGCAACACGUCGGGAUAUUUUCACAUCGACGUGGACGGCAGCGGACCCAUCAAACCACAGCUGGUCUACUGCAACAUGACAGAGAGCGACACAUGGAUGAUUAUCCAACACAACAACAGUGAGCUGACCAGACUGCGACCGGUUUCUGGUGUGGACCAACAAUCGCUCCACUUCAGCUACUCAUCUGAAGAGGAGCAGCUUUUAGGCUCCAUCAGCCAAUCAGAGCACUGUGAACAGGAACUAUCCUACCACUGCAGGAAGUCCCGCCUUCUCAACACCCCAGAGGGGUCUCCGUUCAGCUGGUGGCUCGGCGGCCGCGCGCCGGGCCGUGAGCAGACGUACUGGGGAGGAGCUCAUCCCGGCAGCCAGCAGUGUGGCUGCGGCCUGCGGGGCGACUGCGUGGAUCCACAACACUACUGCAACUGCGACGCAGACAGAUUGGAGUGGACUGAGGACUCAGGCCUGGUUACCCAUAAGGAAAGCCUCCCAGUCAGAUCUCUGGUAUUGGGUGACCUCCAGAGGCCGGGGUCAGAGGCAGCGUACAGGGUGGGACCACUCCGCUGCUAUGGAGACAAGAACUUCUGGAACGCUGUUUUUGACGAGGAGACGUCAUACCUCCACUUCCCCACCUUCCACGGUGAGCUGAGCGCAGACAUCUCCUUCCUUUUUAAGACCACUGCUUCCUCUGGAGUAUUUCUGGAAAAUCUUGGCAUUCAGGACUUCAUCCGGAUCGAACUAAGCAGUUCUACUCGGGUGGUUUUCUCCUUCGAUGUUGGUAACGGCCCACUGGAAGUUCAGGUCGAGUCGAUGGCCCUGAAUGACAACCGAUGGCAUCGAGUCCGAGCCGAGCGAAACAUCAAGGAGGCGUCGCUUCGACUGGACAACCUGCCUGUGGCGACGCAGGAGGCGCCGGCUGACGGACACGUCCACCUGCAGCUAAGCCAGCUGUUCAUCGGAGGCACGGCGUCCAGGCAGGGUUUCAGAGGCUGCAUCCGCGCUCUGCAGCUGAACGGUGUUACUCUGGACCUGGAGGAAAGGGCAGAGAUGACGCCUGGCGUUCGGCCCGGCUGCCCGGGUCACUGCAGCAGCUACGGCUCGCUGUGCCAGAACCAGGGCCGCUGUGUGGAGAGAGCCGCUGGCUUCCACUGCGACUGCAGCCUGUCUGCUUACACUGGAGUUUUCUGCCAAACAGAGCUGUCAGCCAGUUUCAAACCUGGAACGUCGAUCAGAUACACCUUCAAGGAGCCGUACGAGUUGACCAGAAACAGCAGCGCUCUGCCGUCCUCCAUCUACUACACGACGCUGACAGGAGAAAACGUCUCCCUGAGUUUCAGGACGGCUCAGAGUCCGGCUCUGCUGCUUUAUGUCGGCUCUUACUACAGAGAGUACAUGGCCGUGCUCAUCAACAAGCACGAUAAGCUGGAGGUGAGAUACAAGCUGGAGGGCAACCGAGACGCUGAAGUUGAGAGCAGCAGCACGAGGAACCUGGCCAAUGGACAGCUGCACAGCGUUACCAUCAGGAGACUGACACACACCGUGUCUGUGCAGGUUGACCAAAAUGCCAAAGAAAACUUCAACCUCACGUCUGACGGAGAGUUUAAUGCCAUCAAGUCGCUGGUGUUGGGCAAAGUGCACGAGUCUGGUGAUUUGGACCCUCAUCUGGCACGGCUCGCGUCUCUGGGUUUCACCGGCUGCCUGUCAGUAGUUCAGUUCAACUCCAUCAAUCCUCUGAAAGCUGCUCUGCUCCACCCAGACACCAGCCCCAUCAUCAUCACCGGACCUUUAGUUCGGUCCAACUGUGGCUCUGCAGCCUCAGCAAAUCCCUACGCAGCUGAAAACAUUCACCAUAUAUCCGACCGGUCCGGCUCAGUGGGCUCAGGUCAGCCUUUAGUCAAUGCCAUCAGGACCGACUCGGCUCUGAUUGGAGGUGUCAUAGCGGUCGUCAUCUUCGUGGUUCUGACCGGUUUGGCCAUCGCCGCGCGGUACCUCUACCGGAGGAAGGACACGUAUCGAAACCAGGAGGGGAAUGCAGUCAAACAGGAAGACAGUCCAGAUUUCCCUUUCAACAACCAAACUGACUCCCAGAACCUGUCCUCUGAAAACCCAAAGGAGUAUUUUAUCUAACAGGAGUUCUUUCCCGAUGCGCCGCCGCUUUUUUACAGGGUCGGAGGUGAAGAAGACGACUUGAAGAGCCUCUGGACUCGUCGCUCGACUCGAGAGUCUCCUGGACUCUUGUUACCAAAAGUGGCUCAACUUCAAGGCAAAAGCAAACAGUUUGAUGUUGUGUUUCUGUUGCUUUAUUGUAAAAUUGUGGAUAUUCUGAUACAAACAGGCAACAGUGUUUGACUUCAAGGUGGUAAUAUGCAUUUUUACAGACACUGAAAUGUGGGAUUUGUGUCUUGGCAACAAGUUUUGGCUGCUUUCACUUUGUUUCUUUUUAAAUGUUGAAGUUGUCAAUCUUUUGUUGAAGUGCUAGGGAGAAAAUGUGAAUUUCUGCCCCCUUGUGGCAACAUGUAAAGAUGAUUUCCAGAUUAAUGUGUUUGGA